AUGAAGAGUGACUGGUCCAAAGAUGUUCCUCACAACUUCAGCACUGAGCCUGGACCUUCAAGCACAAAGAAGAGGAUUGGUGACACUGUGAGGGAGCAGCUGUCCUGCUGUGCUUUGUGUCAGGAGGUCCUGAGGGAUCCAGUCUCCACCAGCUGUGGACACUGGUUCUGCAGACAGUGCAUCACCUCAGACUGGGACCAGUCUGGUUCAUCCAAACACUCUGCCUGUCCCCAGUGUGGAGAAAGAUCCAGAACAAGACCUGGACUGCAGACACCCAGUCAAACCAGCACAGUGAACGGCGUUCUGCAGGAGGUUUUAGACGAGCAUAAGAUCAGUCUGAGGAGGAGAUGUGAAUUUGUGACAGAAGGAACUGCUGCAGCAGGAAGUGGAACCCCUCUCAACAGGAUCUACACUGAGCUCUACAUCACAGAGGGACGGAGGGAAGGGGUUAAUACCCAACAUGAAGUGUGGCAGCUGGAGACAACAUCCAAGAUGGUGACCCUCCAUGACACUCCAAUCAAGUGCCAGGACAUCUUUAAACCCUUACCUGGCCAAGACACACACAUCAGAGUAGUUGUGACGCAGGGCGUUGCUGGCAUUGGAAAAACCUUCUCAGUGCAGAAGUUCACUCUGGACUGGGCAGAGGGCUUGGAAAACCAACAUGUCAGUCUUGUGGUUUUGCUUUCGUUCCGGGAGCUGAACUUGAUCAAAGAUGAGCGCUACAGUCUUCUCCAGCUGCUCCGUGUUUUCCAUCCAACAUUACAGACGGUCACAGCAGAGAAGCUCGCCGUCUGUAAAGUCGUGUUCAUCUUUGACGGCCUGGAUGAAAGCAGGUUUUUAUUGGAUUUCCAGAACAAUGAGGUCGUGUCUGAUGUCACACAGACAUCAUCAGUUGAUGUGCUGUUGACAAACCUCAUCAAGGGGAAUCUGCUUCCCUCGGCUCUCCUGUGGAUAACUUCCAGACCUGCAGCGGCCCAUCAGAUCCCUCCUACAUGUGUCGACAGGGUAACAGAAGUGCGAGGGUUCACUGACCUCCAGAAGGAGGAGUACUUCAGGAGGAGAUCCAGUGAUGAGGAGCUGUCCAGCAGAAUCAUCUCACACAUCAAGGCAUCCAGGAGCCUCCACAUCAUGUGCCACAUCCCAGUCUUCUGCUGGAUCACUGCUACAGUUCUGGAGCACAUGUUGACUACAGACCAGAGAGGAGAUCUGCCCAAGAGCCUGACUGACAUGUACUCACACUUCCUGCUGGUUCAGACACAGAGGAAGAAGCACAAGUACGAUGAGAGACAUGACAGGAGUCAGCAGGAGCUGAUGGAGACUGACAGGGAAGUUCUUCUGAAGCUGGGCAGGCUGGCGUUUGAACAUCUGGAGAAAGGCAACCUGAUGUUCUACCAAGAAGACCUGGAGGAGUGUGGUCUUGAUGUCAGAGAGGCCUCGGUGUACUCAGGAGUGUGCACAGAGAUCUUCAAAACAGAGUGUGUCCUCUUCCAGAGAAAAGUCUACUGCUUUGUUCAUCUGAGCAUUCAGGAGUUUCUUGCUGCAGUCUACAUCUUCCACUGCAACAGAGACAUAAGGCAACUCCCUCUCCUGGAAGAAUGGGACUGGGAAGACAGUGAUUCAUCCCUGGAUGAUGAAGAUAUCUCUGAAAACUGGCAUGAAUAUGGCUGCAUUGGUCAAUCCCUGGAUGUCUUCCUGAAGACAGCCAUGUCCAAAUCUCUGGAGAGUAAAAAUGGCCACCUGGACCUCUUUGUCCGCUUCCUUCAUGGCCUCUCACUGGAGUGCAACCAGAGUCUUUUAAAAGAACUACUGGGUCAGACAGAGAGCAGACCUGAAAACAUCCCGACAGUCAUCAAGAACCUGAAGAUGAUGAACACCUUCAGUCUGUCUCCUAUCAGAGGCAUCAACAUCUUCCACUGUCUGAUGGAGAUGAAUGAUGACUCGGUGUAUCAGGACAUCCAAGAGUUCCUGAAGUCAGAGAACAGAUCAGAGAAGGAACUCUCUGGUAUUGACUGCUCAGCUCUGGCCUACAUGCUGCAGAUGUCAGAGGAGGUUCUGGAUGUGUUUGACCUGCAGACGUACAACGCCUCAGCAGAGGGACGACAGAGACUGAUCCCAGCUGUGAGGAACUGCAGGAAGGCUCGACUGUCUGACUGUGGACUGUCAGAGACUCACUGUGAAGUCGUGGCCUUGGCUCUCAAGUCCAACCCCCAUCUGACAGAACUGGACCUGAGUAAGAACAAUGUGCAGGAUUCAGGAGUGAAGCUGUUGUCUUCUGGACUGGAGAGUCCAAACUGUAGACUGAAGAUCCUGAGACUUGACAGCUGUGAACUGACAGAGAGCAGCUGUGCUUCUCUGGCCUCAGCUCUGAAGUCCAACCCCUCCCAUCUGACAGAGCUGGACCUGAGUGACAACAAGCUGCUGGAUUUCGGAGUGAAGCUGCUGUCAACUGGAAUGAAGAGGCAACGUUGUAGGCUGAAGACUCUGAGAUUGAGGUCUUGCAGCUUGUCAAUGACUUACUGUGCUUCUCUGAAGUCCCGUCUCUCCCAUCUGACAGAGCUGGACCUGAGUGGAAAUGGUCUAAUGGCAGCCUCCCCACUUAAAACAGUGUCAUGCACUAACCAACAUCAUCUCGGGACAAAUGAUAAAAAAAUCCUUAAUCCAGACAACAGCCUUAGACAAUAUGCCCGUCAUCUCACACUGGAUCCAAACACAGCAAACAGAGAGCUCCGUCUGUCUGAGGACAACAGGAAGGUGAUGAGAGUGAAAAAGCAGCAGUCGUAUCCUGAUCACCCAGACAGAUUUGACCUGGAGACUCAGGUUCUGUGUAGAGAAGGUCUGACUUGGCGAUGUUACUGGGAGGUUGAGUGGAGAGGAGAGGUUGAUAUAGCUGUGACUUACAGAGGAACCAGAGGAGGUGUGUUUGGACUCAAUGAUCACUCCUGGAGUCUGUGGUGCUAUGAUUGCAACUACACAGCCGUUCACAACAGUGAGUCCACCAGUAUCUCUGUCUGUCCCCAUGGAUCUCGUAGAGUAGCAGUGUAUCUGGACUGCUCUGCUGGAACUCUGUCCUUCUACAGAGUCUCUUCUGACGGACUGACACUCCUCCACACCUUCAACACCACAUUCACCGCUCCUCUCCACCCUGGGUUUGGGUUGUGGUCUCCUGGUUCUGGUGUGGCUCUGUGA